AUGGCAGCCAACACUAGAUAUGAACCCGCACCGCAGCGCGACUCUUUCGAAGAGCGCGCUUACACUCAGCCCCCGCCUUCUUAUCAGGCAACUGCCGAUUAUUCGCAGGCCCCUCCUCGCGGCGAGGACGACAAUGUUCCUGAUGACUUCAAGUUCGGCGGCACUGUGGCGGAGGGCACCCUGCCCAUCCGUAUGCAGUUCAUCCGCAAGGUCUAUGCGAUCCUGACGGCCCAGCUCCUCUUGACGACCGUGAUGAGCUCCAUCUCCUUUUUCAGCCCCAGCUACCGCAACUGGAUCCAGUCCAACUUCUGGGUCAUGAUCCUCUCCGUCUUCGGCGCCCUGGGCUUCAUGCUGGUUACCUACUGGAAGCGCAAAUCGUACCCGGCCAACCUGCUGUUUUUGUCCGGCUUCACCAUCAUGGAGGCCUACUCGAUCAGCGUGGUCACCUCACUGUAUGAGAGCCGCAUCGUGCUGCAGGCCCUCGUCAUCACGCUGGGCCUCUUCGUCGCCCUGACCCUCUUCGCUUGCCAAACCAAGUACGACUUCACCCACUGGAUGCCCUACCUCUUCGGCGCUCUGUGGUUCUUGAUCCUCUUUGGGUUCAUGGCCAUGUUCUUCCCCGGCAGCAAGACCGUUGAGCUGAUCUACGGAGGUGUCGCCGCCUUGGUCUUUGCUGGUUAUAUCCUGGUGGAUACCCAGUUGGUUAUGCGCCACUAUCACGUCGAGGAGGAGAUUGCAGCCUCUAUCUCGCUGUAUCUGGAUAUUUUGAACUUGUUCUUGGCGAUCCUGCGGAUCUUGAACAGCCAGAGCAAUAACUAG